CCCAGGUUUCCACCAUUAUCCCGCUGCGCCCUCAGGGUCCUAUGGCAACCGACGUGCUAGAGGACCCGGCCCAGAUAUCCUCAGGAUGGAACUGCUCUCCAGAAAAACCAAGUGAUUAGAAGUUUCAACUCCCAGACCUGCCUGGCACCUCCCAAGGAUCGGAGGAGAGCUGAUGAUUAGGUUCCCAAAGUAGUUGCAGUAUUUAUGGUCCCUGGACAGGGCCAUGUGAUCUUUGAGGAUGUGGCUGUGUCCUUCUCCCAGGAGGAGUGGGGGCUCCUUAAUGAUGCUCAGAGACUCCUGUACUGUGAUGUGAUGCUGGAGAAUCUGUCACUCAUAGCCUCCCUGGGACAAAUGACACAAAACAGGAUUCCAAGUCCAGACCCAUCUAUCCUGAAGACUCUUACUUCAGAUACAUGUGCCCCGGUAGAGAAAGAUGUUUUGUCCCUGGCCGAGCACCAAGGAGUGCAUCCUGGGCUGAAACCAUCCUCUUCUGGGGCUCAUGGGAAAAUGUUCAGUUCUCACCUACGGCACCACCAGGAGCAACCCAGUGGAGAGAAACAUCUCAGAAGGAAGGAGAAUAGCACCGUGCCUGUGACAAACUGCAAAGUCUUUUUACCUGACAGUAUAUUCACAUGCAGAGAGGUUGAGAAGUGUUUCCUAGGCAGCCUGGGCUUUCCCCAGCACCAGCCUUCCCACCAUGGAGAGCAUCCAUGUAGAAGUAGGCAGAGCAGGGCAGUCCCUCACCCUCGGCAAGGUUGUUGUGAGUGCAGCGAAUGUGGCAAAGCCUUCAAUAAGUAUAAAUUCACGGAGCACCUGAGAGUUCACACUGGAGAAAAACCCUAUGAGUGUAGUGACUGUGACAGCUCCAGUCUUAUUCGCCAUAGAAAGGUUCACGCAGGAAAAAGGCUUUAUGAGUGCUCUAAUUGUGGGAAAGUCUUUGCCCACAAAUAUAAACUUGUUGAGCACCAGAGAAUCCACACUGGAAAAAGACCCUAUGAGUGUAAUCAAUGUGGGAAAGCCUUUCUCCGAAAGGGUACACUUGUUAAGCAUCAAAAAGUCCAUGCUGGAGAAAAUCCACAUAAGAGCAGUGAAUAUGGGAAGUCCUUCCUUUAUAAAAAUAAACUUUUGCACCAGAGAAUCCACACUGGUGAAAGGCCUUAUGGGUGUAGCAGAUGUGGAAAGUCCUUUGUCUUUAAAAAAAGGCUUCUUGAUCACCAACGAAUCCACACUGGAGAAAAGCCCUAUAUGUGCAGUGAAUGUGGGAAAGCCUAUGUCUACAAAGGAAGUCUUGUUGUGCAUAAGAGAAUUCAUACUGGAGAAAAGGCUUAUGGAUGUAAAUGUGGGAAGUUCUUUACAAGCAGCUCUGCCCUCAGUAAACACCAGAAUGUUCACACUGCAGAAAGGCCUUAUGAGUGCAGUGAAUGUGGGAAAGCUUUCAAGGUCAAAAUUAAACUUGUUGAGCACCAGAGAAUUCACACUGGAGAAAGACCCUAUGAGUGUAAUGAAUGUGGGAAAGCCUUUAAGCUCAAGUAUACGCUUGUUCGGCACCGAACAGUCCACACUGGAGAAAAGCCUUUUAAUUGCAAUGAAUGUGGGAAGCCUUUCAGUUACAAAACAAGUCUUCUUGAGCACCAGAGAAUCCACACUGGGGAAAGGCCACAUAUGUGCAGUAGAUGUGGAGAAGCCUUUGUGUACAGAAGAAGUCUUGUUGUCCACCAGAGAAUCCACACUGGAGAAAGGCCUUAUAUGUGCAGUGGAUGUGGAGAAGCCUUUGUCUACAGAAGAAGUCUUAUUGCCCACCAGGGAAUCCACACUAGAGAAAAACCUUCAGUGUAGUUCUUUAUAGGCAGCUCCUAGUUCAUAAAAAACAAGGAAGUUCACAUUGGGGAAAUGCCUUCUGGACUUAUGUUUUUCUUGAAUUAAUAUCUAGCAGCACAUAGAGUAGGUGAAUGUUUAAUUCAUGUUGGGCCAGUUAAACUUUUCUAGAGUGGUAGUAUCUUGUUACAGACUCACCAGAAGCAGCAGAACCCAAGAUUCUAUUGGGAUGUUGUAGGUGGAUAGUGAUACCUAGUGAUUUCAACUUGCAUUUUUCUAAUGACAGUGCUGAGUGGUUUUGCACGUGAUAAUUUCUAUUCAUAUUUGGUUUUUUGAAAUUUCUGUCCAUAUGAAUUGUCAUCUUAAUUACUGAGUUUUGACAUUUCUUCAUAGAUUUUUGAUUAAGGUCCUUUAGUGGAAAUAUUUCUCAAUACAUUCUUCCAGAAUUGGUCUUGUCAUUUCCAGAGAAGAAUUUCUUAAUUUUAAUGGAGUUUAAUUGGUCCGUUUAUUCCACUGUUUAUGCUUUUGUUGUUGUAAAUGAAAAAUAUUUCCCAAAUUUAAAGACCGAAUUUUUCCUUCUGUAACUUUUUUUUUUUUGUUGAUCUA